CAGCGCGUUUCGCCGUUAGGGUCGCGCCGUGCCGUGCCGCCUGGAAGCGCCUCGCUCGGGUGUUUUUUUUUCCUCCUUCUCUCUCUUUAUAUCCCUUUAAACUAAAGCGGAGGGGUUAGUGUGUUACUUGCACUGUGCCUGGGACGGGCGAGUGAAUUGUAUUUCAGCACAGGGAGGCGUGCAUUUUUAAAAGCAAAAAAAAAAGAGAGAGAGAUAGAAUCGGCUGCGAAGUUGUUCGCCGGGUAGCGUUACCGUCCGAGAUCAAUGUGGUUGUUUCACGAUUCUGACCCGGGGAGGGGGGGUAGCCAGCGUUUCUUCGGGCAUUUUUUUUUUUUAAUUCAUGCACGGAAUGAAAAUCGCUCUGUUUCUCGCGGGGCCUACCCGGGCAGCACGGCAAUGCCUGCAGUCCCGGCCGGGGUGUUUGUCCGGCCCGGUAGCCGCGGGGCUCGGGGCUCGCUGGUGGCCGCCCGUGAUGGCAAGGGGCUGGGGGGGGUUAGAUCUGCACAGCCUCCACAGUGCGUCUCGACCCGCGUGUGUCGCCGUGUUAUUUUCGCUGGACCCCGCAGAGAGCUGGCUGACCCGCUUGGGGGGCUGUUGAUCGUCUGGGGGGGACGGGGGGACAGGGGGACAAGCCACCGCUGUUGGUCCUGACGUUUGGUGCCUACCUGGGAGGAGAGAUCACGGCAGGAAGGGACUUCGCUCGGUUGAAUGAGAUUGGAAACAGCUGGACUGAAUGGAUUUGAAUGCCAAGGGCAGCUCUCUGCCGUUGAUGCCCGAGCACCUGAGCCCUGUCAGCAUGAAGCAGGCUCCCGAGGCGCUGAGCAGCCGCAAGAGCCAGGCGGCCGGCGUGGAGAUGAGCGCCGACCCGGCCAUCCUCAUGGACAAGGCCGCCGCCGCCCAGCUGGUCGCCACCCUGCAGGACACGGUCAUCCAGAUCAGCGGCGAGCGGCUGAAGGACCUGACCUCCCGCGUGCUGAACGGCGACCAGGACAAGCUGCCCAAGCUGUGCGCCGCGGAGCCGCCGCCCCUCCUGAAGGGCGGGGACCCCCCCACGCCGCACGCCAGCCCCCCGAAGAAGGGCGACUCCCCCGAGAUCAAGCUCAAGAUCACCAAGACGGUGGCCAACGGCAAGCCCCGGUUCGAGUCCUGCUUCUGCGAGGACGGGGAGGUGCCGGCCGCCGCCGCCGCCCCUGCAGCCCAGAAGAGGAAGGAGAGGGAGAACAAGGGGAGGAAGAGGAGGAGAAGGCUCGUCAGGGCUGAGCCGAGGCGGCGCCCCCUCCUGGCGCCGGCGGCGUCAUCACCGGCAAGUGUGGCUUCAGGCAGCGGCGCGGGGACAGCGUGCAAGGUUGGGCAUUCGAGCUUCUCCACCCCCCCUCUCGCCUCGUCCUCGGUGUCUCCAGUGCAGGAGCCCCUGAAAGACAGCGAGGGGGAGCUGCCGGGGAAGUUCUCCGUGGGCGACGUCGUCUGGACCAAGGUGUCGGGGUACCCCUGGUGGCCCUGCAUGGUAACCAAAGACCAAGCUCUCAGCAGCCACAUCAAACUGAAAGCAGUGAACAGCCGGACGAGCGUGCAGUACCACGUGCAGUUCUUCGGGAAUGCCCCCGAGCACGGCUACAUCUUCGAGAAGAGCAUCGUGCCCUUCGGCGGGGAGCAGCAGUACAGGGAGCUCUGCCAGGAGAGCGCCAGGCCGUGCGCGGCCCGCAGCGACAAGAAGAAGCUGCCCAAGUCGGUGCCGGCCAAGCUGCGGGCCCAGUGGGAAAUUGGGAUCACGCAGGCGAAGGAGGCGGCUGGCAUGGAGACAAGAGAGCGCCUGGCCAAGUUCACCUUCGCCUACGUCAACGGCCGGCCGCAGCUCAGCCCCCGCGUGCUCGGCGAGCUGGGCCUGGAGGAGCGGGACCCCGCCGCGCUGCCCCGGGCCUGCCAGGAGUCCGCCGCCCUGCCCCCAGAGCCCCCUGGCCCCCCCGCCGCCCCGCACAGACGCAGCACCUCAUGGACUAAGAGGACGCCCACGAUAAAGGCUCCUGGCAGGAUCAGGGCGGGCAAGGGGCGCCAGUGGCCGCUGAAGAAAAGGAAAGAGGUCUCGACGGUUUCCAAGCAGAAGGAAGACCAGGCGCAGCCGGACGACCAGGCUGUGGCAGAAUCUCUGGACGUCUCGAAGGAGAAUGGGAAAGAUUCGCUUGCUCCCAAGCUGAAGGGGAGGAGAGGCCGAAGGAGGCUCCAUCCUCGCCCGGCUGUGAAGAAGGCCCAGUUGGAGGACGCCUUUGUGGAGGUCUCCCUGAGCGAGUCCUCGGCUCCGCUGGGCCCAGGCAGAAGAGUACGGAAAACAAAGCCUUGUGCACAUCGGGAAUUGAGGAAGAAGUCGGAUCUCAUAGGAAGCCCAAAAUCGACCCAUCCAAAAAGGCUGGGAAAGAGACCACUGGACGACACUGAAGUGGACAAAGUGGAACAGCCCAGGAAGAGGGCCAGACUCAACAGCAGUACUCCACAGCGCAAGACCCGCAAAUCCAAAUUGCUAGCGGAGACGACGGAACGGGCCGUGGAGAGCGCACCGGCUCCUCGGACAAGCCGCUGGGGAAGUAAACCACUGGAGCAGCGCCAGCCGGCGAAGAAGAGGAAGCGCGCCUCGGCCGGCCGGCCCUCCCUUUCCCCGGCGAGCAAGAGGCCCUCGCCCGCGGCGGCCCACACUGAGAGCUCCGGAGAGGAGCGGCCCGUGUCGCCCUGCGAGAGCACGGAUGACGCGCCGCCCGGGACCUCCGCCUCCGUCAAGAGGGCGGAGCGCGGCAGCGCCGCCAAGAAGGACAACGUCUGCCAGGUGUGCGAGCUGCCGGGGGAGGCCCUGCUGCUGUGUGAGGGCCAGUGCUGUGGAGCGUUUCACCCCCGCUGUGUGGGGCUGAAAGAAAAGCCCCCGGGGAAGUUCCUGUGCCAGGAGUGCACCACCGGUGUCCGCCCCUGCUUCUCCUGCAAGCAGGCGGCCGGGGAGCUGAAGCGCUGCGCGGUGCCGCAGUGCGGGAGGUUCUACCACGAGGCCUGCGUCCGCCAGAGCGCGCUGACCGUCUUCGAGAACAAGGGCUUCCGCUGCCCCCUGCACGUCUGCCUCAGCUGCCACGUCAGCCACCCCUCCAGGCUCAAGGCCAAGAAAGGCAAGAUGCUGCGCUGCGUGCGCUGCCCGGUGGCCUAUCACGCGGGAGACCAGUGCAUCGCGGCCGGCUGUGAGCUGCUCACCUCCAGCAGCAUCAUCUGCACGAACCACUUCACCGCCAAGAAGGGCUACAGCCACCACACCCACGUCAACGUCAGCUGGUGCUUCGUCUGCUCCAAAGGGGGCAGUCUGCUGUGCUGCGAGUCCUGCCCAGCAGCCUUCCACCCGGACUGCCUGAACAUAGGGAUGCCCGAUGGCAGCUGGUACUGCAACGACUGCAAGGCUGGGAAGAAGCCCAAGUACAGAGACAUCAUCUGGGUCAAGCUGGGAAGUUACAGAUGGUGGCCGGCAGAGAUCCGACACCCGCGCGGCAUCCCCACCAACAUCCAGCACCUGCGGCACGAGCUCGGGGAGUUCCCCGUCUUCUUCUUCGGCUCCAAGGACUACUUCUGGACGCACCAGGCCCGCGUCUUCCCCUACAUGGAGGGGGACCGGGGCAGCAAGUACCAGAGGAACGGCAUCGGGAAAGUCUUCAAGAACGCUCUUCUGGAAGCGGAGAUGCGCUUCAAGGAGAUCAAGAUGGAGCGGGAGGCAAAGGAAGCCCAGGAGAACGAUCGGAAACCUCCGCCGUACAAGUACAUCAAGGUCAACAAGCCCUGCGGAAAGGUGCAGAUCCGCACCGCCGACAUCUCGGAGAUCCCCAAGUGCAACUGCAAGCCCGUGGACGAGAAGCCCUGCGGGUUCGAGUCGGAGUGCCUCAACAGGAUGCUGAUGUACGAGUGCCACCCCGCGGUGUGCCCGGCGGGCGCCAGCUGCCAGAACCAGGGCUUCACCAAGCGCCAGUACCCCGAGACCAAGAUCAUCAAGACCGCGGGCAAGGGCUGGGGGCUGGUGGCCAAGAGGGACAUCAAGAAGGGGGAGUUUGUCAACGAGUACGUGGGAGAGCUGAUUGACGAGGAGGAGUGCCGAGCCAGGAUCAAAUAUGCGCAGGAGAAUGACAUCACUCACUUCUACAUGCUCACCAUCGACAAGGACCGCGUCAUCGACGCCGGCCUCAAGGGGAACUACUCCCGCUUCAUGAACCACAGCUGCCAGCCCAACUGCGAGACGCAGAAGUGGACGGUCAACGGGGACACGCGGGUGGGCUUGUUCGCGGUCUGCGACAUCCCUGCGGGCACGGAGCUGACCUUCAACUACAACCUGGACUGCCUGGGGAACGAGAAGACCGUCUGCCGCUGUGGCGCCCCCAACUGCAGCGGCUUCCUGGGGGACAGGCCCAAGAACGCCCCCAGCGGCGCCUCGGAAGACAAGGGCAAGAAGGCCAAGAAGAAGCUGCGGAGGCGGCGGGCGCGGCACGAGGGGAAGAAGUCGGAGGACGAGUGCUUCCGCUGCGGCGACGGCGGCCAGCUGGUGCUGUGCGACAAGAAGGGCUGCACCAAGGCCUACCACCUGUCCUGCCUGGACCUGACCAAGCGGCCCUUCGGCCGGUGGGACUGUCCCUGGCACCACUGCGACGUCUGUGGAAAAAACUCUGUGGCGUUCUGCCAGCUCUGCCCAAACUCUUUCUGCAAGGCGCACCAGGAGGGGGCGCUGCGCCCCUGGGGCACCUCUGGACAGCUGUGCUGCCAGGAGCACGAGGACCAGGAGCUGCACCCCAGUCUGGACAGGAAGGAGGCCGAAGCAGAGAGGCCGCCCGCCGACAGGCAGCGGCCUGCCAAGAACUCCAAGAAAGCAUAGGCCUCGGGGGGACGGCCUCAGACCAGAGACUCACUGCAGUGCCAAACUGCUAACACUAUCCUGUACAUAAAUACCACACGCCCACGUCUUCACAACCUUCAAGUACUGUACAGCUUACGUUGUUUUCAUCAGGGAAGCCCAGAUUGUUGUUUUCUUUUGUUUAGUUCCACUGAGCCAUCAGAACAGGUUAAUUAUUUUGACAUAGUUUUUUUUUCUAAUAAUGCAUCUGCACUGAUCAGCAUCUGUGGUAAGCACAAUGUUCAAGGCUGCAAAAAAAAAACCUCAUAACUUUCACAGCAUUACAGUUAAACUUGAAUAUUUUAAAGUACUUUUACUGAAAAAAAAUCUAAAACCUAGAGAUGUAUAUUAAAAGACCAAAAUAAUAAGACUGGAAAUAUGUUUUAGAGUUACUUUAAGUUUACCAGCUGGUAAAAGUGUUUCUAGAAGAGGUAAUAUCGUAAAAAAGUAAGAAAAGACACUAUUUGUAGCUCUUAACAACUUUUCAUGUAUUAGUGUAGUUUGCAUUUAAUAGCUCAGUACCUUUUUUUUUGUAGCCCGUCUUGAAUUUGUGAAGAAUAGUAUCUUUAAAUAUUUCAGGGUUAUCAGAGUCUACCCGUGUCAGAGACAAGUAUUAAAAAAAAAAAAGGAGAGAAAAAACGAUAAUAUUCAGAUUUAAAGUUUGUUUACUUGAUUUUCCUUCUGAUCUGUUGGUGAGUGAUGAGAAGUCAGUUUGAAGCCUUUUGUUUGUCUUGGUGUUCAGAGUACUUUAAAAAGGGUUGCUAGUAAACACUGUCAAAGGAACAUUU